AUCCGCAGACACAAUUUGUGUGGUCGUUACAGUGUAUCAUGUUGGCUAAGGAGUUGCAGCGCAAAUAAUUGGUGUAAAACACCACGGUUAAUUUGCAAAAUUGAGAUUUUUUUUGUUUUGAUAUUCCUCGCUUGUGCGCACAGAAGCAGUCAGAGCUUUGAGGGCGCUCCGUGUUUUCACAGCCUGAAAUAGUCGGUGUCAGACGGACUACUGUUUUGUUGAUGUCAUCCGCGGCAGAGCUGUAGCGACCUUCAAUUUCUAGGCAAGACCGGGAUAAAUAAAGACUCGGUGGCUGGGGGUGUUUUUGUGCUCUUUGUUUUGUUUUCUUCGCCGGUGACACGAGCAACGAGGAUGGGACUUCUGCUGCACUGUGCCCUGCUGUUAUCUUUUAGCACUUUCACAGCCGGUUUAGAUUUUCAGCCGGGAUCCAAACCCUUCGGACAGUCGGUUUUUGUGAAACGUUCAAACACUGAGGAGAAAGCUGCGAAAAUCGUGAAGAGGUCUUUGCCCGCGUGGCUGGCUUCAUCACCACAUCACAAGAUAAAACGAAGAAGCACCGAGCAGGGCGACUCUUGCAAAGCUCUUCAAGGAUUUGACACCAAGUUAGCAGACAACACCCACCGUUAUACCUUCAAUGACCUGAGUGGUUCAGUGUCGCUGGCCUGGGUUGGAGAUGGCACAGGGGUCAUCCUGGCUUUGACGACUUUUCAGGUGCCCUUCUUCAUGAUAAGACUAGGGCAGUCCAAACUCUAUCGAAGUGAGAACUAUGGAAAAUCAUUCCAGGAUGUCACCAACCUCAUCAACAACACCUUCAUCAGAUCAGAGUUUGGCAUUGCUAUCGGCCCAGAGAACUCUGGGAAGGUGAUCCUGACAGGUGACGUGUCUGGAGGUCAUGGCUCUCGGAUUUUUGUCUCUGAUGACUUUGGAAAAAGUUUCACACACAGGGACCUGCCCUUCACCCCCCUGAUGCAGAUCACAUACAAUCCUGAUGAUUCCAAAGUGCUGGUGGUCCUCAGCAACAAUAAUGAAAUGUGGCUGUCUGAAGAUUUUGGCAGCAACUGGAAAAAGGUCCAAGACACAGUGUGCCUGGUGAAAUGGGGAAGGAAAAAUACCAUCUUCUUCUCAGCCAGCCUCAACGGAUCCUGCAGUGAUCGGGGAAUGCUGGAACUGAGGAGGACGACAGACUACGGUAAAACCAUCAAGACUGUCGCCAAUAAGAUCUACUCUUUUGGUCUGGGUGGACGCUUCCUCUUUGCCUCUGUGAUGACAGGCAAGGGCACUCUGAGGAUGAUCCACGUGUCAGUGGACCAGGGUGAGACGUGGAACAUGGCCCAGCUUCCACCUGUUGGACACGAGCAGUUCUACUCCAUUCUCGCAGCGAACGAUGAAAUGGUCUUCAUGCAUGUCGACGAGCCGGGAGAUACAGGCUUUGGUACCAUUUAUGUAUCAGAUGACCGCGGCACUGUGUACUCCAAGUCACUGGAGCGGCACCUUUAUACCACCACAGGGGGUGAUACAGACUUCACUAACGUCACCUCCCUGCGUGGAGUUUUCAUCACCAGUGUCCUGGCUGAAGGUGAUUCUGUGCAGUCUGUGGUGUCCUUUGAUCAGGGAGGGGAAUGGGUUCCUCUGAGGAAACCUGCCAACAGCAAGUGUGAUGCUACCGCUAAGGACCCAGAAAAGUGCAGUCUCCACCUCCACGCAGCCUACAGUACUUCUAUGAGGCUGAAUGUCCCCAUGCUGCCUCUGAGCGAACCAAAUGCUGUUGGUCUCAUCUUAGCUCAUGGGAGUGUUGGUGAUGCUAUCUCGGUGAUGAGGCCUGAUGUGUAUGUGUCUGAUGAUGGAGGGUACACCUGGAUUAAGGCCCUUGAUGGACCUCAUCACUAUGCCAUUCUGGACUCCGGAGGGCUGCUGGUGGCUGUGGAGCAUAGCCCCACUCAACCUGUCAACAGGAUCAAAUUUUCUACUGAUGAGGGACAGUGCUGGGGUGUGUACAAUUUCACAGAUGACCCCAUCUACUUCACUGGGCUGGCAUCAGAGCCGGGAGCUCGAUCUAUGAAUGUCAGUAUCUGGGGCUACAGAGACUCCCUCCUCAGCCAGUACUGGAUCUCCAUCACCAUUGACUUCAGGGAUCUUCUUACCAGAGAUUGUGAGGACAGGGACUACGUGCAGUGGUUGGCCCACUCGGAUGACAUCAGUGACCCCAACGAUGGUUGCAUGCUGGGCUACAAAGAGAAGUUCCUGCGUCUCAGAAAGGACUCUGUUUGCUGGAACGGACGAGACUACGAGGUCAACACCCAGCCAACCCCAUGUCCGUGCACCCUGGAUGACUUCCUGUGUGACUUUGGAUACUACCGUCAAGAGAACAGCUCAGAGUGUGUGGAGCAGCCGGAUCUGAAAGGAAAAGUUCUUGAGUUCUGUCUGCACGGUAAAGAGGAGCAGCUGCAGACUAGUGGCUACAGGAAAAUCCCUGGAGAUAAAUGUGAAGGAGGACGGAUGCCUGAGCGUAAAGAGAUUGACCUCAGUAAGAGGUGUGUGAGUGACCUGGUGGGCCCAGAACUUCUGGUAGACAGUCAGUCCUCCAAGUCUGUAUCCAUUGUGAUAACAAUCAUCAUUGUCAUGCUGCUGAGCAUUGCAGCAGGAGUUGUCUUCGUCAAGAAAUAUGUCUGUGGUGGCAGGUUCUUGGUCCACAGGUACUCUGUGUUGCAGCAGCACGUUGAGGACAAUGCUGCUGAGGGGAUAGACGACCCACUCGAGACUAAUCACACUCAAAACGGCAAGAUAGAGUUUCAUGACGACUCUGAUGAGGACCUGCUUGAAUAGCAGGCACAACCCGUCAUGCAACUAAGCAACAGGUUUCCAGUCCACCCCGUGGCCGGCGGCUGUUCCUGUCACUCUUUUGUCUCCAGCUACUUCUUCCUUUCACCUUCUAGUAUGAACUUUGGCCUCAGCUACCAGACGAAGAGUCUGUGUCACUCUGCUGUCAUCUGUGAAGUUUAAUGAAUGUACGGAGAUGUCCUGGGACAAAUGCACAGUUGAGGAGAACUUAAGGAGGUCUUGUAGUGUUGUGCUUCAGUUACUGAUUCUGUUGAUUGAGUUUGAAUCUCCAAGUUAUUUAUUUUAUUGAAUGAAGAACUGAUGCAGUAAUUUGAACUGCUGACAGAGCCAGAGUAAUGGGGUUUUGAAGCAAAGGUAGUUGUAUAAAUAUACCACAUUUGCAUUACGGGUCCUGCCUCUCCCAUCAUGUGGGCGUGCUCCUGGAAAUACUUUUCACCUCUGUUGAAGAUCUGUGUCCUUUUUCCUCAUGCACUUGUACAUAAACCUCUUUUUUUUUUUUGUUUUGUUUUGUUUUUUGCCAUGUUUGAUGUGGUUUCAGUUUGGAAGGUGUUAAAAAGAUUGCUGUUGGAAGCUGGUUAAUAACUCUCCCAAACCACUUGAGUCUUAAUCCCUACUUUUAAUGAAGUAUUUGUUUGUCAAAAGGUGUGCCCUGGACGCCCAAGAGUGAGUAGGUUUUUGGUUUUCAGCCUCCUCUCUUGGCAAUGAUUUGUGAAAUCCCGUUGUUGUAGUCUGUACUUGGAAUACAAACCUGCAUACUUGUGGUACUCCGUGGCUUUGAGAUCCAUGGUCAGAGUAAUAAGACACAACUGGACAUUUCCAUUUGCAUUAGAUUUGAUAGCAAUAACAAGUUUUGACCCAGUAUAUUGUGCAUGCACGUUAAAUAAUCCUAUUGGCACAAUAUCUCUUAAGGUCUCCAGUUGCUCCAUUCGAUGAAUGGAGGCAUUUUUGCGUGUAUCAGGUGGUAAAGUGUGUCUGUUUCAAGACAGGAUUUGUUUAAAAAAAUUCAUGUCUGCAGUUCUACCUGCCUAAAGCACAAGGUCCUUUGUAUGCUAAAAGUUUGUAGUUAAACAUUUUUCCUAAAUGUGACCUAAUGAUUAAUGUGAUAAUGCUGUAAUAAUCACUGUAGUCAUAUACAAGUUGCGUUUAUAAUCAGUUGAGCAGUUUUUGUACUAACAAACUUUUAAACUUACAUAGCAAAUGACAAAGAUGUUAAGAAAUGACAGAAAUAAUUAUAGUUUGAUAGUAAAUGUCUACAAAUAUUUUUUACAUUACACAUUACACAUUCAGAUAACCCAACACAUCAGUAUAAUUUGGUGACAGAAACACUGGAGCAAUCUGGGGAAAAACAAUUAUGUAAAUGUUGUAUAGCAUAAUUAACACUGUAGCCUAUUAGUUAACAGACAUGGUUGUAUAAGCUGCAAUGCCAUGUGAGACUGUUCUUUUUUUCUUGGUAUUUGCAUCUGGGCUGGAGCUUAUUCUCUAAAAUAAUAGGGUUAUUGAAGGUCUCUCAACUGUGUCUUUUAUGGUAAACUGCUGUUUUUUUCUUUUUAAUCAUCCGUCACACUGUCAUUUUGAAGCUAAACUGGAUGUUCAAUGCCUCUCAACAAAUCUGUCAUGUCAUGGAUUUUUUUUUCCUCCUUUUAAGCAUUUGUUGCACAAUCAUUUGUCUGUCUUGUUUUAAAUGUGUUGCUUUCAUACAGGUUUUAUUUAUUUGUGAAGAGCAGGUUCAGAGUGCAGUAAACUGGAUGUGGUUAUACAAGUGCCUGGUGUGAGGAUACGAUGUGAAGCCCUCCCAGUGUGUGGCCAGCAUCUGUUUACUGAGAAUUAUUUAUAUCAAUUAAUGUGUAACCAGUUUCAUCCAGUAUGUCAGUGGCACCCCUUAGCUGCACUUGUUGCCUAAGAUGAAUCCUUGCGCAGUAAAGAACAAGUCUGUUUCAUUGAACUGCAUAUUAACUCUCAAUAAUAUUUAAAUCCACUUUCUCUCUUUCAUGUCUUGGCAUGAGACUAAAUUCUGGCUGUUAUACUUGGACAAGAGAAUCAACUCAAGUAAAAACACAGUGGAUACAGGGUUGUUGUAUGCAGCUGCUAUACACUGGGAGAGACUUGCUGAGUUCUUAUUUAAUGGAGGUUUAUUGCAUUAAGUGAGGGUAACACAUUUUUCUUACAGAUUAAAACUGCUGUAUAAAUUAAUAAGUCAUUGUGAUGGGUCUGUAAAUAUACAAGGUUACAUCUUUGUAUCUGCUACGUUUCUCUCUUCUGUAUAUUUGAUGCAAUUUUCUUUGGGUUUGCCAAUAAAUUCAUAUGUUCCUCUA